AUGAUUGUCACUGAUAAGGAAAUAUUAAACCCCUCUGUCCCGGACCUGCCCUCUAAAGACCAAGUCGUUGAACUGUGCCGCCAGAAAGGUCUCGGUUAUAAUCAUCUAACAUACACUACUGUAAAUGGGAAGAUUUUCUUCAUCAAGUAUAACAAUAUUAAAAUGGCCGAAGCCCAUGCUCAGCUUUUCUUUUCCACUUGCAUAAACGCAAAUUCCCAGUCAAGCAUCCGCAUCCCGGAACUCUACCUAGCCUGGCUCCCAGACCAUAGUUCAAGCGCUUACCUUGUCAUGGAGUACAUCGAUAUCCAUCACUUUGCAUCUGACGAAGAGCGGGCAAAGGCGCUUUCCGAGCUAAUCGCCGUGAAGCCGCCGCCGGGAGUCUUUGGAAAUUUUGGGCCACCGGGCGGUUAUAUCAGACAUAUGUUUUUCAAAGAUCGAGUGGCAGCGAAGAUAUAUUCUUCGGUGCAAGAGCUGCAAGAUUCUAUUAAUCAUCUUCUUCAAAAUCUCAGCUCCGGGAAUGGUCAGGAUUAUGGUACAGUGGAUUUCAGCAAUGAGCCAUUAUUAUAUUACUACAGUGAUAUUUACCGAGAGAACUUCCCCGUUGACCAGUCUGGGAAUCUCUGGGUCAUUGAUUUUGAUACCACGGGCGUGCUUCCAGCAAGCUUUGCUAGUUGGCCUUUGGAUACUAAGUAUAAGCACCCUCUACCCAUUCCUAUUCGGAGGACUAUCCCACUCGGCACCUCGAAGAAUCUGAAGCCUAUGUUUCGAGCUUAUCGGUUUAACCAGAUAUCUAUCGGGUAA